AUGGGUGAUCACGAAUUGAACUCAGCUCUCCCCGAUCAACUUGGCCUACGUGAGCACGUGUUCCUGAACAGUUCUACAUCCAGUAUCUCCCCAGAUUAUCAUGGCAAACGUCGACAUUCAAGAGCCUAUAUUUUGGCUGGUGUGAUUGUUUUCAUUGGAGUUGGUUGUUUGGUAGCUGGUAUUGUGUUAAUCUCUGUAUCGCAAAGCCAGAAUUUCCCUACAAAAAGUGUGACUUUUACGGGCUUAAAUCAGACAAAAUCCUGUGCUAAAAACUCUACAUCAACUAGCAACAACGGUUCAAAAUUCGCAAAUCCGUGCGAGUUUUCGAAGGAAGCCGCACGUGCAGGUAAGCCAAUAAAAUGCAGAUGUUAACUUUAAAAGUGUGUCAUUAUCAUAACUUUAAUUUUUUAUUGCUCUCACUUAUAAUUCGAGUUUAAAAUCCGCGAAAUACCAAGUUAAAAACCAUUUGAAUGAUUGUUUGGCCAGUAUGUGUCUUGAGCAGUAUUUGUUUAGGGUCAACCACUGCCUCUUCGUAGUUUUUUUCAACGAACAUCUGUACCUAAUAACCGUAGCUUUCGUGUCAUCGCUGACCUUUUUCGUAAGAAUAAGGUUUUAGUGUUUGGAAAAACGUGAUUAUUGUUCUCCGGUAAUUCACUGUCUAAGUUCAUUUAAAAGUUUAGUGCUGGCUAGAUUUGGCUCCUAGUUAAUUUAAUUCAACUGACAGAGACAAUGAAUUGUUGCCUUUCAAGAUAUGAUGGGCAAUAUCAGUUGUGUAUUUGAAAUCUUUCGAAAACACAUUCAUUUGUUAUUAAUUUAUUUUCCGUAAACAAAAACAAAAAAAAUCCCGUUACGAAAAUCGUUGACAUUUUAUACCGAACAAAAAAUUUUAAGAUGACUCCAAAAGUCCAAAAUCUGUCGAUUUUUUUGUUUUGUUUCGUUUUGUUUUGUUUUUGUACAUUAUUUCAAUUAAAGGAAUGAGAUAUUUCCGGAAAAGACUUGAAGUGGACGCAAGCCAUUCUCAAUAAUUACUCCAGAUACCCCAGAGAUUUUGUGAGAGCCAGGAACCGACAGUUAAGAGGUUUUAGGUUUUUUUUAAAUAACAGGGGAGAUGUUGUUAUAAAAGGACACCGCCAAGAAAACAAGGCCAUCAAUGAAUCAUCUUGACGACAUUAAUUUUGUGAUGACGUCAUAUAAACGUCACUAUAAUUGGCCAUUUCCGAGUUGCUCCAAGCCUCUGUUUCAAAUCGAGGCUAAGUGCGAAGCUUGUGAUACGAAAAUGAUUUUUUUUAUUUUCAUGCAAAUAAAACUCAUUUUUAUAAGAAAAGUUUUGCACUUUGCCUAGUUUUAAAAGUGAGAGUUUUUGGAACUAGGAAAUGGCUUAUAGGUGAUUCAUCACAAAGUGUUUUUGAGGCAAAAGGGAUCGUUAGAAACGAGGAAGGUGACGGCAUUGAGAACGGCGAAAAGGCAAUAGGUUUGAUGGGCAAAACAACAACUCUGCACGUGCAUCACGCUUUUUUGUAUAUUUCUUUGCGGUUGUUGCACGACUACAACGUAAAACUUCCUAGUUUUAAGGUGAUGUUACAGGAGACGAUUUGCAACGACGAUUUUUAGCGCAACACAGCUUUGCAAUUUUGGAACAGUGUUGCAACCAUUUGAAACAUUAUCGCAACAAUGUUGCAACUUUAAUCCCUUUGCAAUUUUAUAGCUUUUUUUGUUUUUAUAAUAUAUAUCUAGUUUUGAGGUCCUUUUUGAAAACCAUAUCUUUUAUGAAAAAGUUUCCUCAAUAAAGAUGAUUAUUAUUACUCUGUGUUGCGCUAAAAAUCGUCGUUGCGACUGAAUCGUCCCGUGUAACAUCACCUUUACGUUUCAUAGAGGACUGCACAGGACAACAAUUUUCUUUUCCUUUUUCUGGACUUACAUACAGUCCUUUACAAUCAACUCCAGUAAAAUUCCCCAGAAGUAUUUUCAAUUUCAACAGAAAGACCUUACAAUGCCUUUCCAAGUUUGUCAAAAUGCACUCGCUUUAGGCACGCAAAGUACUCGAAAAGUAUGCCUUUUUUGAGUUAACAGAUCAAAAUUGUGCACUUCGAAUGGGAUUCAUCUGUGUUCCUGGAACCCGUAUUCUUCCCAAUCCCUUGUUUCUUGCAAAUGGUACAGGGGGUGUCAGGGUGGUGUACGUGUGGGAGGGGGGAGUAGGGGUAAAAAUAGAAAACAAAAUGAUUGAAAUAAAAAUUAUGAAAAAAUUUUAAGAUGAACAAACGUAAAAAAGUUGCCGAUUUAUCACAAAGGAUGCUUAACGUAGUCUACUCUUUUUUUCUUUAUGCAUUCAGGAUUGGAGUCCUUUCUGGUUAAGGUGCAAACAAUUAGAGACAGCUUUACCCCAUAUCGAAGGACAAAUACCAAAGAUCUCUUUCAACCUUAUAGUCCAGAGCCAGAAAAAAUCAAAGCGUUAACGGGCAAAACAAAAGCGUUGUAUGAAGAUCUUCUGAGGAUGAAAAGAAACAUUGUCAUGGAACGGAUCAAACUGCGAGAAGGAAAACUUUUGGCCCUCGUAGAGCACGAACUAAAACAUUACUUUGGUAAACCAUACGAAAACAAUUACUACACAGGUAUGACUCAGGUGUCAUUCAUUCAUUCACUCAUCCAUCUAUCCAUCCAUCCAUCUGUCCGUCCGUCCAUCCAUCCAUCCAUCCAUCCAUAUAUCCAUCUAUCUAUCCAUCCGUCCAUCCACUCGUCCAGCCAUCCGUCCACCCUACCGUUCGUCGUCCGUCCGUCCAUUCAUCAUCAUCCAUCCAUCCAUCCAUCUAUCUAUCCAUCCAUCUGUCCGUCCGUCCGUCCAUUUGUUCCUCCGUCCUUCCGCCCGUCCGUCCGCCUCUCCCUCUCUCCUUCCUCCCAUCUGUUCGUCCAUCCAUUUAUCCGUCCAUCUGUAUUCGACUUUUCCUCUGUCCGUCUGUCCAUUCCUCCGUCUAUUGAUCCAUCCGCGUAUCCUUUAUACGUUCGUUCGUUUGUCCGUUCCUUACUCCGCUUUUCUGUUCAUCCAUUUUCCCAUACUUCUGUCCGUACACUUCUGAUUGGUCGUGCCGCGUGAGACAUUCGCUUCAGCCAAUCAGAAGUACUACCCAGAUCUGUAGUGAUACGUAAUCAAUAUACAAUUUCUGCGCUGGUUUCGCAGAGGUCAUUUCGCGGGGAAACCAGUCGUGCCAUCGCGAAAUGUCGAAUGUUUUCUCAGGCUUGCUCGUUUCUUUUACCAUCUCAGUUUUUUCUGUCUGUUCAUACAAAAACGUAGGAGCAUGGAUGCUAGGCCCUGAUCAAAGAUGCAGAGAAGAACCCAUCGCUUCAAUACAAAAUCACCUGAAGUCUGCUCUUUACAUUUUCCUUACAAAGGGAAACAAAACUUUGGGUAGUGCAGAGGAUGCUUUAAAUUUGUUCCAGAAAUUUCGAGACGGUAUCAACCAGUAUAAGUCGAAUCUCCAAAGAGGCGUAAAAUCUGGAAUGGUCCAGUCGUUAGAUGAAUGUAAGGAAGGAAUCGUAUGUAUGAAAGAGAUAUAUCGCUCAUUUUUUACUUCACGAAAGCCUGAGACCGUAUUAACUUGGUGGGGAGUGCGCGCCCGCAUAAACAGCUUUGCAUCUGGGGUUUCAUCACGUGACCUAAGGCAGUGGGUCUCAAAUUAUGGGAGCAAUUUAUCACAGUCUCUCUUUGAGGGCGUGGUCAAACACAUCGGCGAGCCAUUGGUCAGUUUGUUUGAAUAUCUUGAAAAUGAUCACAUGACACACUGCGUGCCGAGUAAUGUGUCUAGUGGUCUGGGAACGAGGCCCAUUAGUUUCGUCUUCGUCAAUGGAACAAGGACUUCUGAGCAGGCAAGCAGAACAUUGGAUGGGACGGAGAGGAUUAUGGAGGGGAAAGAGGCAUAUGCAGAAAUCCUGUCUUACUUCACUUCCACAAAACAUACGCCAGGUGAAUGAAGAUUAUUAAACUGCAUAAAGUUACGUUUUUAUUUUUUUAACCUUUUUAAUUUGCUUAGUGUAAGAGCGCUUACCCGAAUUGCGGGUUUGCUUCACAGCAAUAACUUAAAAUAAAAACAAGCGACUUUUCGCAGUCUGUUGAAUUAGUUGAUAUAAGUAAGUGUCAUCGUCUUCCCUCAGAGCUUUUCCUAUCGAAAAACUUUUUUAAGGGAAAAGCCCUGGAACGAGGUUGUACAACUGUUGCUCCCGGUUAGGGUCUCGCUAUCUAUACAUCGAAUAUAUUUAUACUAGUAACAUUCUACUCUAAAGAAAGAUUCAAAAGAAGUUUUUUUUCUCCCGUCAAACGCAUUUUCAGACUGUUUUACAGUCCUUGGCUUACAGUGAUCACAUGGAAUUUGAUUCUCGACUCCAGAGUUCUUCUCUAUUGUGCAUGACGGAACCCUGAGAAGUCAAGAAUGGUAGUGAGAUACUACAGGGCAACAGUGAGAAAAAACAGGUACACUUCACUAAGACUUGUCAAAGAUGCGUUCCUCGUUCAACAAGAUUUUUCUGCUUGCUUAUGUAGAUGAGGUUCAUGCAAUUGGGUGGAAUCAGCUGAUUACAUUUUACAGAAAAGCCGUAGACAUAGUGAAGAAGAUAACUGGACAAGAGAAUGAAAGAGAGGCCGUAUCUGAAUUUAAAACACGUUUGAAGUCCUUCUCGCUUUGCCUCAACAUGCAGCCUUUCCCGUUGAAUGAGUCAAAUAACGAAGCUUUUCAGAAGUGCAGAACUAAAAGAGGUGGGAGAUAUUUCCCGCUAUUACGUUUAAGGGAACAACUAGGGAGCUUUUCCCAAAAAGGGUAGUUGGUCGCAUUUUGGUGAUAAUUCAAGUCACUUCCUCGUAACGCAAAAAACCCGCCGUUAAAUCGCCCCUCCAAAUAUAAAAAUUGCCCUCAAAUCUAAAGUAAAACAAAACAAAAACGGUAAAUUUCCUUCCAACUAUAAGGCUAGCCCAUUCGAUUUUGAAACACAAAUUUCCCUCCGUAGUUAAGCCACUCCAAAAGUAAGGCCCUCAAAAAGGGCCUUUGAAAAAUAUAAGCCCCGGGGCUUAUUUUUGGAAUUUUACGCUACAUAUACUACUUUGACGCAACGAACGAGAAGUCAUCACAAGCAUUUCUACUCUUUGCAUCUACUGUAAAAGGGGCAACAAAACCGUACAACUUGUUUUGCAACAUUGUUACAACACAAGUUAGAAGGUUAUUUUGCGGGGUCUCUACCACCCCUGUAUGUGCAAACCUGUCUUAGAACAAAUCAGGUUGUUGCACUGAAGUUACGUGAAUAUUGGCUUCUGAUUGGAUAAAACUACGCGAGAGUCACGCCAUACCCGGAAUUUGCGUCAUUUUUGCAAAACAAGUUUAUCUUGGACCGGUAAAACGCGUAACAUGUAAAGAUUCUAUGCAAAAAGUAGAACUUCUCUCUAUUUUCUGCUGUAACUUUUCACAACCUGCAACAAUCUGAUUUGUUGCAAAACAGAUUAGAUUCGAGGUUGGUAGAACGUGCAACAUCGCUAUUCAACUUGUUUUGCACCAUGUUGCAAAACAAGUUACACGUUUCCGCGUUUCGUUUCAGUUACCGUACCUUACGUCUAGAGCUAUUAGCUCCGUUAUUUUAUUGCUUCUCAAGAUCAGUAAUACCAAACUUAUAUUCUUCUACACAGGUGCCGAGAAAUUCUGCCCUCAGCGUUAUUCGACCAUGAUGCGUUGGAUUGAAAUCGCACGCGGUACCUUAACGCUGAUAAAAACGAAAAUCCUUAAGUUAUUUCACUUCACUGGUGAAAAAAGAAGCAUUCCAACUUGUCCAGCUGAACCGGAUGUUAACUUUUCACCGUCUUUGGGUGUGGCUGUGCACACGCCCUCUCCCAGUAACUGUCGCUUUACCGCUAGAUACAAGCUGCCAUUCUUCGUUGAUAAAAUGGGAUCCGAAUUUAUGGAGUGGACUACUGCAGUGCACGAGAGCGUCCCAGGACAUCAUCUUCAAGAUGCAAGCUACAGAGAAAUAUUUAAGCCUAAGUAAGUGUUCUCAGUGAAAUGAGAUACAAUAAAACCCGCGUAUAAGAACCCAAGUUUUUCUAAGCUAGGCUAAGAAGGUUCUAAUAACUGAAAAGCUGGAAAAUUAGUCUACUCAGGUUCUUAAACAGGUUCUUAUUGCCCCCGCAGGUAUUUCGCCCAGAAUGCGAAAUCCCGAGGAGGCACUCUAGUGACUCGCGCGUAUAUUAAGGAAAGUACUUACAGUUGAAAUAUACGGUCGGUAUGCCAAAAAAAACUCUCGAUUUGCACGAACAGGGGCCGCGAGGAAUCGGUAGGUAAUGAUGACGUUUCUAUUGUUUGCGCCCGCAAGUACGAAAUGGUUAGCAUGAAGUAAAGACAGAUUUGUAGACAUAUUUAAAGUAGAUUUUGUGACAUUUAUUGUGCAGUCAUACUUGGAUACUCUUUCGUGUUACAUGAUUUUUUUUUUCUGUAUCGGUUUGCCAAGUUUAUUUGUAUACAAUCUUCUUCUCGGUUUAGUUGACUCUUUUCCCAUACGGCUUAUUUAUACAUGCAUGUUUUCUUGCUAUUCGUGUCCGACCUAUUCUAAUGUCGCUGAACUUGUUUUAGUUUCACGUCAGAAAAAUGCAAACCCGAUUUGGAGACGUGCGUUCUCAAGAAAGAUGUUUUGUUUGUAUGAUUAUUUCGCAUGUUUGCAGAACAUCAUGUCCAAGUAUAUUACAGUACAAAGGUAUCACUGCGUACAGGGAAGGAUGGGCCGUUUACACUGAAUAUCCACUCAUGAGCCUCGAUACAGGUAAAUAAGUCAGCCGGAACCUAUUUUGAGAUCCUGCAUGUCUAGAGUAACAAAAGAAACAUACAGUAGAGAAAAUGCAACAGGUCUUGGUUAAAAAAUCAGAGAAAAGACUAAUUGAAGCAACUCACCAUUCAUGAUUUUGACCUUGAAUGUAAGACCUGGUUCAGACGCCGUACUUCACAUAAGCCGAAUCGAAUCCGAACUUAGGCCCACUCUUAUUUAUCUAGGCCCGGCUGAAUUGAUUCAAACGCCGAUUUUUAUUCCAUCCGAACCUAAUUCUAAGGGGAAAUAAAAACGUGCAUUUCGGUAAACUUUAUUUAAAAGAUUUAUGCAUUUGGUUCGACUCAUUUGAAGUUCGGCAUCUGAAUCAACAUCAGUCGGUCCUCAGGCUCGCUGAGCCAGGCGUGAAGAAUGGCUGAACUGAUCCAAAUUCAAUUGGCUGUUUCGAACGGAUUCAGACGCUGUUAUUCACCACGUGUUUUACAUGAACUUAAUUCAUUGAAUUCGUUUUGUCUCACCUGAAGUACGGCGUCUGAAUCGGGCCUAACAAACUCUAUGAAACAGGAGCCCUUAGUGGUGAAAAAGCCUUGUUUUUUUCUUGAUGUCUCUAACCAUCUUUGGAAGUGGAUUUUUUUCGGGAGAAUCCAUGAUAAGAUUCCUUGGAUCACUCCUCCUCCCAGAUCACUUGGAACACUUAAUACGCCACUUGCACUAAGAGGUCACGCGACCAAUCCUUCCUUUAAACAAUGAGUUGGAAUCUUGCAGAUGCCAAAAAUUGACAGAGCACAUUAAAAUUAUCUUACACCCGAAAUUUGAGAGGAAACGCAUUUAAGGGAGCUAUUUUAUGGCACUUUGAUUUUUCAACAAAGUAGUAAGAUUUGUAUUGGCCGCCAUGUUGGAGGGCAUACUCUUGCCCUCCAACAUGUCCAACAUGGCGGCCAAAACUACUUUUUUCUUACAUCUUGUUGAACGUUUGAAAGUUACGCUCAGAUGUGCUGUGAACGUUACCACAUCAUCUUUUCAACACUUUCCUUGAAGUUUAAGUGCAAAAUUUGCGUUCAGAAAGAGGUAAUUCAUAAUUUUGAAAAUCACAUUUUGGUCACGUGACCAGCUACGAACUUACUCGUUUUAAGAAAAUGGUGCGGGUUUGAAAAACCAAAUCACUAUUAUUUUGUUUAAGAUAUGACCCACUAAUCGUUUUUGGAAGGCAAAAUCAUAUAACUUCCAUUUUAAUAAAUUCGAUUUCACAUGACCUCUUAGUGCAAAUGGCCUAUUGCUGCGACAAAAUGACUAAUGAAUCCUCGAAGGGAUUUUUCAGUUUAACUCAUUACAACAAUAUUGCGGAAACGGGACCUGCAUUAGAGAGAUUUAGAUUUACGUUUAGGGCAAACGGCGAUCGUAUAUUUUCACCGCGUGGCCAAGUUUUCUCUUAACUUGUGCUUUACUGUUCAUUCAGCUUCUAGCCCAAAAGUAGUAGCUCCACAUUACCUUUGUCUAUAACAAUUGCUUUAGACUGUUGUUAGCUCCACGGUUUCUAUUUCGAGGAAUUUUCAACUUGAAUCUGACGUUUGCCGUUUGCCGUAAACGUCACUCCUAAUCUCUCUAUUAUGCCUUCACGGAAAGACCAGAGUGCGGCGUGUUUGAGUACUUUCUAGUAACAAUUCACUUUUGGAUUUUAUCAAAGAAACGCAAAAUCCAUUUUUGGAUUCGAGAAGCCGAAUUUGGAUUUUACCAAAGAAACAAAUUCGCUCUGUUCUCGUCUAGGAAGCUACCGUUUUGUAAUUUUUUUUCCCGUAGUAGGCUUAAAAUGGCGAGAUCAGCUUUUAGAAAGAUAUAUAAGUUGUUGUUGCAGGAAUAUGUAUUUUUAGAGCAGUUUUUACGGUUUACAAGGGGACACGUGACCAGCCAAUGCCAAAUGAGGUUACUAAGGGCGAUCAGAAUCAAAAUUCUCCUUGUAAUACCAAUGCUUUCUAAAAUUGAUGGGCGACGAGAAUUAAGUGCAAGAUAACUCAAGAUGAAUCUGGUUGAUAAUUCAGCAGCUUCUCCCCUCUACUUUUUUAAGAAACGUAUGGAAACAACAAAAGAGCGUUUGAAGUUUGAUAGUAGGCUUUAAAGGGAUUAACAAAUCUAUAUUCAUUCUGACGCAGAUUUGUACAAACAUAAUCCCCUGAGUGAAUAUGGGGUCAUCAGGUCUCAAAUCUGGCGAGCUCUCCGCCUGGUCAUAGAUACAUCUCUCCAUUACAAAAACAUGUCACGUGAUGAAGCAUUGGCCUUAUUUAGACACUACCUGUGGGACGACAGUGACGUCAUCGAUAAGGAAGUAACUCGUUACCAGGCCUGGCCAGGUCAAGCUACUUCGUACAUGAUUGGUCAGUUGGAGAUCUGGAGGAUGCGCAAUGAGUCGGAAGCCAAGCUGGGUAGAAAGUACGAUAUUCGGGAUUUUCAUUAUCACGUUCUUUCGCAAGGAGAGGUACCACUGUGGUUUCUCGAUAAAUAUGUAAAAACGUUUUAUGCCAGUGGAGUUUUACCGGAGGCUGAGUAG